AUGAUACCAUAUAAAGGCGCGAAAUCCAUCAUUUUGGUAGGUGCACUAAUGGAGGUGACGAACCUCUGCAAACAGUUGAUUUCACUUGCAAUCCAAAGAUGUCGAUUAUCCGGAGAUCCAUGUCGACUAUCUGUGUUCGUCAGACGAAUCACGAAUUCCGAUUCACUACUCACUCAAAUCUCAAUUUCUGAUACUGGAGCUGGAAGUUGCUUGAAGGAAUUCCAGGACUUGAAAUUAGGCUAUAAUGGGUUUUCCCAGUGGGAUGGUAUGCUUUCAGUCACAACCACGAGCCUUGGUGAUUUUGAGCUUUACCAUUACAAGGUAAACCUAAAAGAACACGCUCCUAACAGAAAGCUAAUUAAGCUCCCUUCAAGCCCAAAGAAAAAUGCCAUUUUCAGUGGAACUGAAGUGUUUGUGACUUCUGCUGAGGAGAUGGAAGUAAUAUUGCAAGAUAUGACUUACUUUCUCAGAAAGAUGGUUAUUUUGAAGAUAAAUAACAUAGCAAUUGAGCUGGUGGCUGAAUCACAUGAUGAAGAUGGAUUACAACACGAAAAUGCUGUUCUGGCUACUGAGUUGACAUCACCUGAUUCAGAAUCAUCAAAUGUACUACAGCUAGUAUCCGGGCUUGAGGACUAUGUUUGUAAACAUAGAAAAUUAAGUGAAAAGUGUCUGUCUUGCUUUUCGAGCAGGGACAACCUGAAGGUGGGUAAUGGACAGGCAUGCCGACAGACGCAUGGUAAUGAUGUAUUUUCUGUGGAAGUUGUAAUUUUAAUCAGUGAAAUUGAGCUAUUGGAUUCAUCAGAUCCAUCAUGUUUGAAGGCUUUUGAGCCAAAAACAGAGGUUAUAUAUUUCAGAGACUUCUCGCCAUGUUCAAUCCAUCAGUCAGCUUCCAAAGCAUUAAGAAGCAUCAAGUGGAAUAACUAUGGACUGACUCCUAGAAGUAUUGCAGAUGAAGAGAACUCUCUAUUACUUGAAUGGGAGAACUUGCCACCAUAUACUCAUAUCGAUAUUGCCCUUCAUUGUUAUAAUAAGCAAUAUCCAUUACAAGCAAUAUAUGCAAAAGUACCACCAUUAAGGCAAGGAACUCAACUCGAGACAAAGCUUGUGAAGGAAGCCAUUAGUCUUGCGCUGGAUGAUUUGAAGGAAAGGUAUACUGGAGCUCUUCUUAGUGACCAUGCUCUCAAGAUCCACAAUCAUGCUCCUGAUCUUGCAAGGAGCAUUGCUGGCUUGAUUCUUUCCUCAGAUGACACCAACUUUCAAAGUGAAUGUUUCAGUCUCCUUGGCAUGCAUCUGGACAACAUUGAAGAAGAAGCCAUAGAGAAAUGCAUAAAAGACAAGAUUAUGUCUGCCAUUGACACGAAUGACAGGAAGCCACCAAACUUGAGAUGCAGAGCAGCUGCACCAUUUCUUUUCGGAGAUGAUCAUCUCCAAGAACCAGAGUACAUGGAUGAAUAUGAUGAAGGUGAGGAAGAUGGCUGCAAUUUGAUGGAUUUCUAAUUAUCUAUGGUAUUUUAUAACCUUUCAAAUCUAUUAUUGUCUAGGAUUCUCAGUAAUUUAGGUUAUGUUGCAGCUUUUAAACAACAACAGAAUUAGGUACUAUGCUUAAAGAAGUCUUUUAUCUUUGUUUAGAUUAGAUGAAAUACAAGUAAGAUGUCUGUGUGGUGUGAUAUGCAACACAUUUCAUACAUUCAACGUAUAGUAUGUAAUGCAAGUAGAUAUGUAAGCUACCUGUACAGGUGUGCGUUUCAGAACUGCAAA